CGUACCAAACACCCCUAAGCCGCCGCCAGCUUCGCUUCCGCCCUCGCAAACCCUUCGCGCCGCCGCCGCCGCCGCUCCGCAGCACACCGCUCCCAGCGCGCCACACCGGCGACAACCCCAACCCCCCAACUCACCCAGCUAUGGCGGACCGCGGAGGCGAGCGUGGCGGCGACCGCGGCGGCGAGCGUGGCGGUUUCGGCCGCGGGUUCGGUCGCGGCGGGCGCGGCGACCGUGGCGGGCGCCGCGGUGGCCGGCGCGGCGGCCGCCAGCAGGAGGAGGAGAAGUGGGUGCCUGUCACCAAGCUGGGGCGCCUCGUGAAGGAGAACCGGAUCCACAAGAUCGAGGAGAUCUACCUGCACUCGCUCCCCGUCAAGGAGCACCAGAUCGUGGAGCAGCUCGUCCCGGGGCUCAAGGACGAGGUGAUGAAGAUCACGCCCGUGCAGAAGCAGACCCGCGCCGGGCAGCGCACCCGGUUCAAGGCGUUCGUCGUCGUCGGCGACGGCGACGGCCACGUCGGGCUCGGCGUCAAGUGCGCCAAGGAGGUCGCUACGGCCAUCCGCGGCGCCAUCAUCCUCGCCAAGCUCUCGGUCGUGCCCGUCAGGAGGGGAUACUGGGGGAACAAGAUUGGACAGCCCCACACCGUGCCCUGCAAGGUCACCGGCAAGUGUGGCUCCGUCACCGUGCGCAUGGUGCCGGCACCCAGGGGGUCUGGAAUCGUCGCUGCCCGCGUGCCCAAGAAGGUCCUCCAGUUCGCUGGCAUUGAGGACGUCUUCACCUCGUCCCGUGGCUCCACCAAGACACUCGGCAACUUCGUCAAGGCAACCUUUGAUUGUCUGAUGAAGACCUAUGGCUUCCUUACUCCUGAGUUCUGGACUGAGACUAAGUAUAUGAAGACCCCGUUCCAGGAGUUCACCGACCUUUUGGCUAAGCCGACAAAGGGUCUUUUGAUCGAAGCUCCUACUGAGACGGUGGAAGCUUAAAUGUCUUAGUUAAAAUUGUUCAAGUGUCUUGAAAAGGAGUUUGCUGUAGUAGCUACUAUUUUAAAUGUCUCGAUUUUGAAUUAUUAUGAUGAAAAACCAAGGUAUGCACCUAAGAUAUUGGUGUCUUGUUUUUUUUUUUUUUUUUUUUUUUGUGAAUUGAACGUCUGAGAUAUUGAGCCCAGCCAGCUUGUGAUGAAAUCUGUUCUCCGCUUGUGUUAUGGUGGUCUUCAAUAUGAUGUGAAUGCAUUCGCGCUGCUUGUACAUCUUUAA